ACUGUCAAUCUUGAUAGUGUCAUUUGACUUUUGUAUUGAGUUUGAAAUUUGUCUAUUUUGCUGUUUGUUUUUUGCAUGUUCUAUCAUCAUCAAUAAUAAGUGCUACACAGAUUAUAGAAUCCACAACUUAUAACUUGUUAUCAAAAUGGAAGGACCGCAGGUGAUAGUAAAAUGUCCGUUCAACCCCCAGCACAUAAUGCCUAAGAACUCCUUGCAAAGGCACGUUAUCAGAUGCAUGGUCAACUACCCAGAGUACAAAACAUGCCCUUACAACGCUUUGCACAGAUUCAGGACCAAGGAACUGCUCGCGGAACACAUGUUCCAGUGCGACUCCAAAGACUUGUACAUUGAUUUAGGAAAUCAUAACUUUGGGUCUACGGAUAUACACGUCGACACCGCCAGAAAUUCAGUUCAGACGGAGAGGACUGGGAUGCCAUAUAUCGAUAGUUUUGGGAGGAGUAGGAACUGUUUCAAAGCUAAAACGUUGAGAUGAAAACUAACUUGGUUGUUAGGGCAUUGUUCCAUAUACAGAAAUUAAGGGAAUUAGGUGUUUGAGGCUAUUUUUGUGCAGAAUACAUUUUCAAGAAUCGACUAGGUAAAAUUCCCAUGUACCUAAAAUGAGAUAUGACCUGUUAAUUGAUUAAUGAAUGGUUUUCUAAAGAAAAUAGAGAUUGCUGCAUUAGAGACUCGAAAUUUUGAGAAAAGAGGUCAUUAAACCAUUAUGUUUAUGAUUAGAAUCGUAUGGAUGUGUAUUCUGCACAAAACAUGUUAUCAAAAAAAAAAUUCAUUUUUCCUUGAAGAAUCAUUAAUAUUUUUCUAAUAUAUAUAAUGUAAUGUCUCGAAUUAGUAGCGCCAUUUAUUUUGUAUGUGAUGUUUUAAACAUUCAGGUUGACAAUUGAAAUGUAUUAACUACACUCCUUAAGUAUAAAAUGCAGUAAUUAAAAAGCUGCUUUUUGUGUUUUAUUUUUAGCUUAGCAAGGAUUAUUUUCUAAUAAAUUGUUAUGAAUUAUUGAUUCUUCACACUAUUAUAGCUUUUGUUACUUUUGCUUUAAGCUUAUGCACCAAUUAGUAAAGCUU